AUGCCGAAGGUUAGAAUUCCUUGCAAAGUGUGCUGGGAAAAGCUACCUAAAGGUUGGUUGAAGCUAAAUGUUGAUGGGUCUUGUAGAGUGAAUCUGGGUUCUUGUGGUGGUGGAGGUAUCAUCCGAGAUUCAGUUGGUAAUAUGAAGGCUGCUUUUUCUGAAAAAUUUAAAUUGGGUACUAAUAAUGGAGCAGAGUUGAGGGCUAUUAUUAGAGGCAUUCGACUUUGCAAAGAAUUGGAUAUAAGAAUAUUUGUAUUGAAAGUGAUUCGGAGUUGGUGGUGGGUUGGCUCAUUUCUGGUGUUUGUAUUGUUUGGUACUUAUGGGAUUUUUGGGAACGAUUAG